AUGCUGGAGGCCUUCGGGGACGCCACUGACACCAUGGGUAUCCCGCUUUUGGACCGCGCUAAGAUCCAGGAAAUCUGGAAAACUCAGAGGCGCCACCUCCACUGCAUCCAGGACCCACCCGGCGUGCACCUGUACAUGCAGACCGGGCAGCUGGUCAAAGGGGGGAUCACGCUGCCGGUGUUCAGGUGUGGGCGAGGUUCAACUUCGUUGGAGUCGUUCCACCUGCAUCUGGACCGCUUCAUACCUGGCACUUCAGCCAGCGCGGCCCACUUUCAGGCCUAUCUGCUGGAAGGCCUGGUGCGGUGGAACGAGGACCGUGCGGCACAAGCAGUGGAGGAAGCAGACCGUGAUAUGGUCUGCUACAGUGGCCAACUCCAGCACUCCGUCAACGAGCUGAGCGACAUUGUAUAUCAUAUGAAGCUGGUUGACGAUUACACCCGGCCUGCGAAGUACACUGGUGAGCUCAUAGGUAUCCAGUACCUAUUUUCGCAGACCGGUCGAGUGCUGGAGGAAGUGAUGGGCAGGGAUCCCGAUGCUCCGGAUGGGACUGAUACAGACGACGAUGAUGACAGUGUCGACGAGGGCUUCCAAGAGGACGAGGGGCCGGUACAGGAACCUCUGGACAACACCCUCUUCGGCCUUGAGGAGGACUUCGCCCGACAACCGUUGUCGUCUGACAAGUCCCAGUCGCGCCCUGCCAUCGGCGCCUCAAAGUCUGGGCCAGCCGACCAGGACACCUCCCCUGGAGACGAGGCCACUCAAAGCGUUUCCCAUGAACUGGUAAGUCUCUCCCGACGAGUUGUGCUAUACCUGUGGAAUAUCUGAGGAGUGCACCCCUUUCUCACUUUCGCUCUCUUCCCCCAACAGAAUAGCCUUGGACCUGACACUGACCCAGGUUACCAGCACGUGGUCAACCUGGCCUCCAGUCUCGUGAAGCUGCGUCACCAUGCCUACGUGACGCAGCAGCAAGUGGCGGAGAUCGUCACCCUCUGGGAACGAUUGCCGGAGGGUGACAAGGCCCCAGUUCGCUUUCCGCCACGCCACCAGGAAAGACUGGUGCAGGGGAGGUUCCGACGCAAGCACUCGCAGACCAGUGUCACACCGGGAGUGGAGAGCUUGCAACGGUAGGUGAUCAACCUCUUUGGUGUCGCCUCUUUCCUUUUGAUGGGAUAUCGAUGGCAUGGUUGGCUGACUGACUGACUGACUCUCACUCUCUGUCUGUGCGUCUCUCUCUCUCCUUCCCUCCCACCCCCCGAAUUGUGUAGGUGUAUGGUCGGCCAAGGAGGCCAAGCCGCACAGAUGCCAAACAUCAGCCGCCUUGUGGAGCCCGUUUGUGUACAGCUGUCCAGGAUUCACCCCGAAGGAACCACCAUCAGCGGCAUGAGGGUGAACCGCUGGGCAGCUGUGAUGCGGGAUUACAUCUGCAUCCAGGAAAAUAUCCUCACAAAUCCGGUACUCGUGGCCCAGACA